GAGGCAGGGCAAGUGGGCCAGGGCCAGGGGAGGCAGCAAGAGGCAGCAGCGCUGUGCAGCCGGAUGCCCGCUUUGGGAGGGGAGAGUAGUGUCUGAGGGAAGAAGCCAUGCUGCCCCAGCCUCCUCCUCUGGAGGCAUCCAGGGCACGGAGGGUCUUCUUGACAAGCUGGAAGGGGCCCAGAGAAGAGCAGCCCAGAUGGUCAAAGUCAGAGCCUUAGGGGAGGAGGGCAACUGGCCUGGGCCCCUUGAAGCAGCUGCCCCGAGUGCAGGCGGCGCCAGAAAGCCCUCCGUGGCUCAGGCCCAGGCUCCUUGGCCAGUCUCCCGAGAGAAGGCCUUCCAGGCCCAGAGGACGUGGGGCAGAAAGGGGCCUCUUCGCUGGCAGACAGCCCCCCGGACUCUGGGACCCCCCCCCCCGGAUGGCCUUCAGUUCCGGCGGCUGCCUUGUUGGAAGCGGCGGGUCUUGAAGCGCCGCCGUCGGCUCUUUCCCGCGUGUCCUUGUCGGAAGGAUCUCGGAGUUGCCUCCUCUUUUGAAGGCAGGUUUUCAAAGGAGGGCUUAUUUUCCCUUGGCAGCUCCUCCUCGAAGUCCCCGUUGAGGGGCUUGGGAUUUACUGGGGCCAUAGCCGCCUUCCUCCCCAAAUGGGCUUCUUGAGCCUGGAGGGGGGAAGGCCCUCUUUCGAGGCCCAAGGAGAAAGCGCCCAGGCAGGCAGGCAGGCAGGCAGGCAGGCAGGGAAGGGCCCCGAGGAGGAGGAGGAAGCCGCGAAGAAGGGGCCAAACCCGGAGCAGGAGGCCGGCUGAAGCCAGGAAGGAGGCGCCAAGGCAGGGUCCCGGAGCCGGGGCCAGAAGGACGGAGGACGAGCAGCUGGAGGCUGAGGCGGCCCUGGCCAGGAGGGACCCCGAGGGCCCCUGGACGCGGAGCGGGGCCUGGGCUCAAGGGGCCCAAGGGCCGAGAGCAGCCGCAGUCCCCGCCGGGAGCCCCUGGCUUCUGAGCCCGGCGGGAGGCAGGGAGGAGGGAGGCCCUAGUCGCCACCAGAGGCCCAAGGCCUGGCCUUCCCUCCCUGGCGCUGAAGGGCCGGCGGCGAGAGACCAGAGCAGGCCCCGCCCCUGGCCCCGCCCUCCCCGCAUCUCAUUAGCAUAGAUGAAGGCCGGCGGCGGCGGCGGCGGCGGCGGAGGCAGCAGCAGCAGCAGCAGCAUCUUCCGCGCAGGAGCCCAGCCGAGAGCAGCGGAGGCGAGGAUGGCCAGGGCCGGGGCUCUGCGGCGGAGGCUGCGGGGGGACCGGGGGGACCGGGAGGAGCCGAGGAGGAGGAGGAGGCCGAGGACGGCUGGCGGCUGGCCCUGGGCGGCGGCGGCGGGGCUCUGGCUGCUCUUCGUGGCCGAAGCAGGAGGAGCAGGAGGAGGCGCCAGUGCUCAGGAGGUCCAAGCGGAGAACGUGACGGUGGCUGAGGGUGGCCAGGCUGAGAUCAACUGCAAGCUGCACCAAUACGACGGCUCCAUCGUGGUGAUCCAGAACCCCUCCCGCCAGACCCUCUUCUUCAAUGGCACGCGGGCCCUGAAGGAUGAGCGGUUCCAGCUGGUGGAGUUCACUCAGAAGCAAGUCCGGAUUGUCCUCUCCAACGCCCGCCUGGAGGAUGAGGGGGGCUACUUCUGCCAGCUCUACACGGAGGACACCCACCAUCAGAUUGCCCUCCUCACAGUGCUGGUGCCCCCUGACAACCCCUUGGUGGAAGUAAAGGAGCAGGCAGUGGAAGGAGGAGAGGUGGAGCUCACCUGCAGCGUCCCCAGAUCGCGCCCGGCCGCCACCCUGCGCUGGUACCGGGACCGGAGGGAGCUGAAAGGGCUGAGCAGCAAGCAAGAGAACGGAAAGGUCUUUAGCGUCACCAACGUGGCGCAUUUCCGGGUGGAGCGCAAGGACCACAGCAGCAUCGUCACCUGUGAGGCCACGCACCCUGCCCUGCGGGGGCAGCGAAAACAGACCCAGUACGUGCUGGACGUCCAGUACUCUCCCUCGGCACGGAUCCAUCCUCCGCAAGGGGUGAUGCGGGAAGGAGACACCUUAGUCCUGAUGUGUGCCGUCAACGGCAACCCCCUCCCCACAGACAUCAAAUGGAGCCGCGCCAAUGACUCGCUGCCGGAGCGGGCCCUGGUUGAGGGCGAGGUGCUGACCAUCCCCAGCCUCAGCCUGCUGGACAACGGGACCUACUCCUGCCAAGUGGCCAACAAGCACGGCCGCUCCUCCGACCAGUACGUCCUGGUGGUUUACGACCCUGGGGCCAUUGUGGCUGCCCAGACCUCCAUGCCAUAUGCCAUCGUGGGGGGCAUCCUGGCCCUGCUGGUCUUCCUGGUCAUCUGCGUCCUAAUCGUCAUGGUGUGGUGCUCCAUCCGGCAGAAAGGCUCCUACCUGACCCACGAGGCCAGUGGCCUGGACGAACAUGGGGAGGCCCGCGAGGCCUUCCUCAAUGGAGGUGACGGCCACAAGCGCAAGGAAGAGUUCUUCAUCUGAACGGGGGGGGGG